AUGACGACACCAGCUGAAAUUAUUGAGAAAAAAAAUAAGGAAAUUAUGUUAUUAUGGGAAUCGAAGCGCAUGAAGGAACUUACGACUAAAUUUUAUGCUCCUAAUGCUUGUAUCUCGGACGCUGGCACCUCCUACAAUGGUCAUGAUGAAAUACUGAAUGCAUGUGAAAAGUGGCAAGACUACAAGAUCGAAGUGACUCCACUUAAUACGUCAUCGCCGUCUGAUGAUUGUGUCAUUCAAAAAUGUGCAGGUAAAUGGGAUGGCCAAGAUCGAGAAGGCAAAGUGACAUGGAAAAAGAUCGAUGGUGAUUGGAAAAUAGUUCACGAAGAAUGGAAUUGA